CAGGAUGUUGUUGUGCCCAUGCAGAAGGAGGAAAAGGCCAUGCUGGCCAAGCUACAGAGAGCCCGGGCCAACUCCCUCGGAAACCUGGGAUCACCCUGGGCACCUGACCGACACUUCCACAUGCCUCACCACAUCUCCAAGGACAUGCGGAUCCGAGGGAUCUGCGAUUACAUGGCAAAAGACAAGAGUGCCCAGGAGUUACUGAAUCCCGAGGAUGAAGUGGAUGAAUUUCUGGGACGUGCAAUUGAUGCCAGGAGCAUUGACCGUCUCAGAUCGGAACACGUGAAGAAAUUCCUGCUGACCUUCCGGAAACGCGAGCUGGAGAGGAAG